UGACACCAGCUACUAACUUUUGCUGAAGAGGGGUAUAAGAGCUGGGUUACAUGAUAACAGACGGUUGAUAGCUAUUUACAAGUAUUAUUAUCCACCACGCAUUACAAAUGGCAUACGCAGAUUUUAAAAACCCACACGCACUGAAACUAAACAUUCAUGCUGGAAAGGGAAACAUAAAUCCCGUUUUCCAGGACACGCCGAUGGAUGAAGCUGUCUGUUACAGUGAAGAGGAUGAAGAUGUCAAUGGAGAGGAUUCUGGAGAAGAAGAUUUCAUUGACAGAACUAUUGAACACAGGACCCCGCGUGUAUUAGAACACGAUGUGUCGACGGAAGUGCGAAAGCGGAAACAGACAAAACGAUCGAAGUCAAAAUACAAAUGGGAUGUUUUUAAGACAACUUCAAAAGACAACGUAGCUCCAAAUGAGGAUGAAUUCUGGCAGACUGUUUUCAAAGUGACCAAAGUUCUUUUCUGUAUUUUUCUGUUCUGUUGCGUGUUGUGUUCAUUGGUUCUAUCGAAAAGCACUUUGUUCAUCCUUAUUUCAAACAUAUUUCCUCCGAAUUCAGUAAGAAAUACUACAAUGAAGACAUCAAAUUAUCACUUCAAAUACUACACUUCUGAGACUGCGAUAACGAACAUUUGGGCGCUGGUUUUAAUUGUCAUCACACCUUACGUUUUUAACGUAGCAAUCAGUCUAUGGAAACUCAUGUUCAAAAAGAUGAAGCCCAUUGAGCUCCGACCACUCUGUUUUACAUUACUCGCCGAGACUCUCCACUCAGUAGGGCUAAGUAUUUUCAUCUUUGUGUUACUACCAAACAUGGAUCCUGUCAGCGGUUUAUUGUUUUGUAUGAGUGUAGCGAUCAUUCCGUCUCUUUUGAAGACUCUCUACCUCGAAGCGAACACCACGUCCGGCAAUAAAUUUGUCAGGCGGUUGCUGUCUUUAUGCGCACUAAUUACAAGUGUGUCAUCAAUAGCAUUGUGGACUUUCUUUGUGUAUCGUAUGGACAAAGACUUGCUAGAAAAGAACCCUUCAUUGAUAUUAUUAACGGUUUUGUCACCAAUACUAGUGUCCGUUGUGUGGUGGGAAAAUUUUGUUCCGAUGGGAAAAGACAACAAAGCAACUGGUCUUCGAUUAAUGAAAAUGCAGAUUUUUAGGAGAAGGACGAAAAUUGUUGCCAUUGUCAGCUUAUGGAAAACAAUACUUACGGUUUGCCUUGUAUCAGUUAUAUUUGGUAUAGAUUGUGCUGACGGAGUCACGUGCAUACAAACGCUUUAUAACGUCAUUACAAAGCUUUCGAUCUCGUCAUAUGUGCAAACAGACAACGCCACAGUCAACGGAACAAUAACUACCGUUUACAAUCAGACUUUUGCAACCGAUAACAGUUCCUAUCUAUUAUCUGCAAUUCUUGGGCAUACGAAACUUGUAACGGAAAUAUAUAUUGGCACGUGUUCUAAAUACUUGCCGUUAUAUAUAGCUGUCGUUAAUAUAGCAGCAAGUUUGUUCUGCUAUAGAUGCUGUGUAACUGCCAAUAAGAUUCUAGCACAGAUACCAGGCUUUUCUCUUCCACUUGUUCUGUCUACGCCGAUCACAGCAGCAUGUAUGAUAGCUGGUUAUGCACAUACGGAACUCCGAAUGACGGAUGGCUGCUUUCUGCCUUUUCCGCAAUGGACAGGUGGUCUUGACUUUGACUGGACAAUGAUUAUUGCAAGCAUUCUAGGCUACAUUUCUGUAUUGACAGUAACGAAUUACAUAUGGAGGCAAACUAAAGAACGAAUGCAACCAGGAAAAAAAAUGUUCAUUCGCCAGCUUUAUUGUGGCAUAUUUUUGGAUCAAUCGCUACUCUUAAACAAGAGAAUGGAUGAGGAAAUCAGAAUUCAUCACGAUGAAAAGGAAAAGUUUGUGGAAUUACCAAUACCCAAGAACCUAGGUGAAUGGCGACCUGAACAGGACGAAUGGAGUCCCCUAAGAAAAGAUGAUACCCCGUUUAUCUAUUUGUGCGCAACAAUGUGGCAUGAGACUAUACAAGAGAUGACACAGAUAUUAAAGUCAAUAUUUAGAAUUGAUAAAGAUCAGUGCGCUAGAAGGAACUUGCAGCUUUUCUUUGCUAUAAAAGAUCCCGACUAUUAUGAAUUUGAAGCUCACAUUCUGUUUGAUGACGCAUUUACGUACAGCGGUGAUUCUGUCGAAGUUAAUAGUUAUGUUAAGGAUUUAAUGAAAAGCAUCGAUCAAGCAAUGAGUUCUAUACAUGGACAGAAAAUGAAAAAUUCACCACCGACAAAGAUUGAAACGCCUUAUGGGGGAAGACUAGUUUGGAGACUACCUGGUGGAAAUAAACUGAUUGCCCAUUUAAAAGACAAAGCUAAGAUACGUAACAGGAAACGAUGGAGUCAAGUCAUGUAUUUGUACUACUUUCUUGCUCACAAACUGCUUUCACUGGGUGGAGCGAAAGAUCGUCUUGAAACGAUCGCGAAAAAUACAUUCAUACUUGCUCUUGAUGGAGACGUCGACUUUCAGCCUUCCGCUUUAAAACUUCUUGUUGAUAGAAUGAAACUAAAUCCGAGUGUGGGUGCAGCUUGUGGAAGGAUUCAUCCAAUCGGAAAUGGACCAAUGGUUUGGUACCAGAAAUUUGAAUACGCUGUCAGUCAUUGGCUCCAGAAGGCUACAGAACAUACAAUUGGAUGCGUACUAUGUAGCCCAGGGUGUUUCAGCCUGUUUAGAGGAUCUUCACUGAUGGACGACGAUGUAAUGAAUCGAUAUACAACCCCACCAACUGAGCCUAGACAUUACGUUCAGUAUGACCAAGGGGAAGACAGAUGGCUAUGUACACUUCUCCUACAGCAAGGAUACAGAGUGGAAUAUUGCGCUGCAUCGGACGCUCUUACCUAUGCUCCCGAAGGUUUCAAUGAAUUUUACAAUCAAAGAAGACGGUGGACACCUUCAACGAUGGCAAAUAUUCUAGACCUCCUCCUUGACUACAAGAAAGUUACCAUGAAAAACAACGACAUAUCCAUGCUUUAUAUUGCAUACCAAAUGUUCCUGAUGGUUUCAUCAAUACUCACACCAGGAACAAUUUUUCUGAUGAUAAUUGGAGCAGUUAACAUGGCAUACCCGACAAUUGCAUUGAAAUGGAUUUUAGUCGUAAAUCUAAUACCAGUGGGGAUAUUCAUUUUACUCUGCUUUGUAGCUAAAUCCAAUGUUCAGUUGGCCUUUGCGGCGAUCCUCUCAACAAUCUACUCAUUGGCAAUGAUGUUGGUUAUCGUUGGACUUAUUAAACAAAUAGCUGACAAUGGAAUCUGCUCCGUCACGACCAUAUUUUUGUGUUUUGUUGCUGGAGUAUUUGUUGUUGCAGCUUUUGUACAUCCGCAGGAGUUUUGGUGCAUCAUACAUGGGUUUCUGUAUUUCCUGGCAAUUCCUUCGAUGUCAAUGCUACUAAUGUUGUAUUCAAUUGGAAACCUAAACAUUGUAUCCUGGGGUACAAGAGAAACGCCAAAACCAAUGGCAGAUCAGCAUCAGUCAAGUGCAAAUAAAAUGCAACCAGAGAAGAAAGGUGCAAUCGGUGACUUACUUGAAAAAGUCGGCCUGUCUGAUAAGUUUGGGAAAUCCGAUUAUAUGUUCUCAUUUGGUAAUCUAUUCAGGUGUAUUUGUUGCCCAAGUGACACUCAACCUAAAGAUGAAAUUCAGCUUAUGACAAUUCUAGAACGUUUAGAUGAAAUGGAAUCAAGAAUGCCUACUACACCAAAGGAGGAGGAUGACACAGGCGGCAUUUCUGAACGCCAUGUUAAUUUUUCUGAUAAUACUGAAAAGUCAGAUAUGAAAGAAGAAUCCGUCAAGCUACUAUCUGACAGACAGCAUAAACAUUGGACUCAUGAUGCAAAAUUAAUGGAUGGGGCAACUGAAUAUUUGUCCAAAGAGGAGAAGGAUUUCUGGGAACAGCUUAUCGAAAAAUAUUUGUUUCCGUUGGAAGGCGACAAAAAGGCUCAGGAUGAUAUCCAGAAAAAAUUAAAUGAAUUGAGAAACACUGUAUGCCUGUUUUUCCUGCUUGUUAAUGCCUUAUUUGUGACGAUAGUGUUCAGUUUACAACAGGUAAACGCUGAUUCUGGUGGAACUAUCUCACAGAAACUGCCUUGCUCUACAGGACAUGCAGGGGGUUCAUUUGAGCCAAUUAGUAUGGCCUUUACUGCUAUUUUCGGAAUACUUUUGUUUAUUCAAUUCGUGUGCAUGAUUUCACAUCGCCUCACAACCUUCCUUCAAAUCUGCUCAAUUACCGAAAUAACGUUUCGCCGUAAACAUGUGAUGUUUGAAGGCGAGAAGCUUAGUGUUAAAAAAAGCCUAGAACUGUGUCAACAAAUGCAGGAACAAAGAGAGGAGGACACAAAAUCUGUUAUCUCAGAAGAUUUAACCUUGUCAGGACAAUCGUCUGCCACUAGUUUAAACGAAGUGACUACACCAAUAGAUGGGCCUAAAAAGUCACAACUUUGGUCUAAAUUAUCUCGCCGAAGCAGGGAGCAGCAAAUAAACGGGACUCUAAAUCAAACAUUUAUCAAGAACUUCACGAAAUUUCAACAUUUUGUGGAAGAAGAACAGGACCAAACAAAGCAAAAAGGUGAAACAAAGGUGUCCCAUACUAAAUCCGAGACAGAUGAAUUAAAAGAUUUGAGAAGGACGUUUCGUGGAUUUGACAAAAGUAAUAUCCGAACACUUGCCCUGAUGUCACAUAAUCCAAGAUACCAAGAAUCAAUUCUUAGUCGUGGUCAUGAAGUUGUAAACCAGUGGAAACGUGUGACAGCAAAAGCCAGGCUACAAAAUACCACAAAACUGUCAACACUGAAGGAAAUGGACAAAAUUGAAGAAGAAGAAGAGCCAAGUACCAGAUCAGCACGGAAGGUGACUAUACAUUUAGAGAACGAAGAGGAACGCAUUAAAACAGACAAUGAUGAGGUUGAUGAAGAUAUGACAGAAAAGCUAUAAAAUCAAAUUUGGGUCAUUCAAAAUUGUCGUCAAAUGCCUUUAGUCAAAAUGUGAAUAUACUGUUUUGUAGUAUAUUUAAGUGCAUAUUAUAUAUAUAACAGUAUGAUGAAACUUAAGGAUUUCUUUUUCAGUAUAGCUUUUAUAUAUUUUCAAGCGCAUUUUCAUAGUAUCAAUAAAUGAUAUUUGAUGGCUAUAUAUAAAAGUAAGAAGAAAAAGAGUAGUAUACUUAUAGUUAAAACGAAAUAGUUUGCUUUUAAAUUACUUUAGGACUGAGUAUUGAUGAAUAUACAUGAUUAACACAUGGAUAACCAUUGAUCUUCCUUAAGGCAGCACAUUUAAGAAUUGUGCGCACUACUUAAUUGAUUAAAAUCAUUAAUCGAAUUUAUAUCAUUAAAGACCAUAAAUAUACAUAAAAACAAAAAAAAAGAGUAGCAUGGUGUAUCUGAUAGAGAUCUUUUAUUGAUUAGAAAUGAAAAGUAUGAUUUUCUUAAUUCUAAAUUUAUUUAACCCAUAACUAAUUUCUUUGCAGUGUAGUUGCUCAAUUUAUACAAUGCAUGUCACUAAUAAACUGACCUAUAAAUA